AUGAUCUUCGGCGUGGGCGACCUACUGAUGAAGGCCGUGAAAGCACAGAUCAACUUGUGGUUCGCUCCACGAUUUCAAGUCCACCGAAUCGUUGGCUUGAUCUUCCUCCUCCAGUUCUUUGCUGCGAUCUUCUGGUAUGUGUGGGACUACCAGCAUUACCUGCGCACGCCACUGGUGUGGAGUUUGGGGCUCACAGGACUGCUGCAAGCCAUCACGGCCUCCUUGACCUUCACCUUCAUGCCGAAGGUGGCCGACCCGGGCUUUAUCGCCAUGGCUGACAAGGCGCCACUGAGUUACCGCUUCAUCGUGGAGAACAGUUUCUUUGCCAUGCUGUUGUCGUUUCAGUGCUUCUACAUGGACAACCGGAUCUACGGUGCAAUUCGAGCGUGUUGGCCGAUUGAACUUCUGUUCGUGUUCCUUCCCUACUACAUUCGACCACUGUGGCCCACUACCCGGAUCCGCCACGCGCUGGAAAAUGCAAAGAACAAGUCUGACAAGAAUCGUUUCUUUAUGGUGGCAUCCAGCUGGAUUGUGAAGUUCUUCUACAGCUUUGCCAAGCACUACAUCGGAUUCUUCUUGAACUACAUCCGCUUCCUGGGUCGUGUGACCCCAGAGGACCAAAAGAUCAUUCAUGGGAUCUUGCUUACCUCGAACUACAUGACCACCAUCGCCUUGUUCCUGCACACCUUGAAGUUCAAAGGCUGGUUAGGUCCUCGGCAAGCCACGGUGGCCUAUGAGGGGGCUUACAUCAUCACUGGGAUCUUCUAUUGGCAGUUCUUGGGCACAAUUGCACAGAACCUGGAUUUGGCGCUGCUGUGUUUCAUUGGCUUGGUCUUGAACUUUGGCCCCAGGCCCUUGUGGCACAUGUACCAGGCCUUGAUGCUCUGCUAUCUUUGCAGUGCACGAGCUCUACUUGAGUCUCCUGUCACGUCACUUCCCUCCAUCUUUUCCUUGCCAAAGAUGUUGCAAGAGCUGCUGGCAUGA